GGAAGCCAGAUUGUAGAUGGUCAAACAUUUUUUGGCACAUGACAUUUUUGGCUUUUGUCUGUACGUACAUUUUUAGUAUGGAUCCUAUGCACCGUUUUAUGAAUGGACCCCGGGAGAACUUCUAUUUUGUGUGUGUGUGUGUGUGUGUUGCAUUUACAUUUUCGGGGUAUGUGUGAUUUUGACUUUGCAUAGUUUCUCUAUUUGCAGUGUGUUUUCUGCUAAUGCAUUUGUGUUGGCUUUCUGCAGCAUGUUUGUGUUUGUUUUUGAUUUUUAUAAGUGAAGUGAAGUUACAGCCUGUUUCUCCAAAUGGAAUUGUUUAGGGCCAUUGUAGCACAUUUACCCUUGUCAGCCACCUAACAGAUCUGCCUGCCAGAGCAUUUUCCAUUUCUUUAUAAUGCACUGUACAGUAUGGUACUGAAUAAAACAGUAUUACAGUAUGUCAUAGCUGAUAAAAACAUGAGAAUAACACCCAGGUUGAACAUAUAAUUAUAUUAUAUAAUUCCCCUUUAACCAUGCCUAUUAUCAUGAGCUUUCAGGCUGUUAACACUACUGCCACUUUUGCAAAGUAUAUAUUUAUACAUUGAUUUCCCAUCUUCCCGAGAGCUGCUUAUUUCUGUCUGUCUCAUGGCGUGACGAAAAUCAGUGUGGAAAGACUUGAAACCUGCUUUAGAUGGUUAAUCAAUCACAGUCAACAUUUAGUCAGUUAUACUGUCAUCAUGCAGCAGUAGGACUGUCUUGAUCUCCACUACGGGGCCACUGCUUCCCAUUGUUGCCCGUAUAUCAUCGCAUUCGUUUACAUGCAUAACUUACAACUCUCCCGUUAUAGACUGGAGGGUGAGACACAUUGGCUGUCUACUCGGGUCAUUGUUUAGGCUUCAGCGGCUUCAGGGUUGAUUCAUGGCGGGGAAUAAACUAGACAAGAUAUGCCAACACAGAGAGAAAUACGAGAUGUACCGUGCCGCCAGGAAGACAAUAAAACAUAGAUAAAAUAACAGGCACAUAAACACUAUCUCUCUCUCUACUUUGUUCCGCUCGCUCAGUGCUCUGUAGCUGCGGUUUCUUGGCUGUAGUGAUUAUUAGUGAUAUUAGAGCGUAGGCUGUAGUCUGUGUAGUCUCUCGCCCCCACAGGUCAGCAGAGUUCAGCCCUACAGGAAGAGGAUGUCUGUGGGAGAGUGCAGACCAAAGCCACAAUCAGGCUGCCAGCUCCAACUGUAGCAAACACAAGUCGAUGACUGAGAACUCUGCGUCCCAUGAUGGACAAGAAAAGUGCCAACGGCUUUCAGACCAAGGCCAGUGAGGGCGGCAUUCAGAGGAAGCAGCUGCCCUACUCAGUGGAAACUCCCUAUGGCUUCCACCUGGACCUGGACUUCCUCAAGUACGUUGAUGAUAUUGAAAAAGGCAAUACCAUCAAAAGGGUCCACAUUCAGCGAAGGGUCAAGGGACCGCCCAAAUUCAGCACUCUGCCCAGAAAUUUCAGCCUUCCUGGGCAUGGGGCUAGGCCUGCCCCGAAGGAAAAGGACAGCACAUGGUCUGGUACGUCCACCCUGGGGCCCAAGCCUAAAUCACGGGUGACAGAAGUCCAACAGAUCUUUGACUUCAGGGCAAGUGAAGGGGGAACUUCCACCCAAAGCAGCAGGGGGACAACUGGUGGGGUAGCUGGCUAUGUUUCAGCUAAGCCCAGAGAGGAAGUAGGAGCUGGUGCUCGGGAUGUUGAAGACAAAACUGCAGAGAAUCAAAGCCGGCCGAACUUGCUCCGAGCAUCAAGCAUGCCCAUCACCCUACAGCAGCGGAAAGGCUCUGAUUCAAGCAGUCCGGACCGUGUUGUGGGAACACCGGAGAGUGGUUCGACAGAGAAUGUGUUUCGUGCUUCUCCGGACAUAACAGAGAGACGGUGUGUUCCCCAGGAUCGGACAGGGCUUCACCAGCAGAUCACAGUGGCACUGAAGCGGGUCAGAGAGCUGGAAGAGCAGGUCAAAACCAUCCCAGAACUAAAGGCUCAGAUCUGCUCACUGAGGGAGGAGAGGGAGAAACUACUGCUUCAGCUCCAAGCCCAGGCCCAAGCCCAGGUUUCCACAUCGUCCCCUACAAUUGUGCCGAAUUCUGAUUCUGGGCCACGCGCUCAGCCACAAGGACACAGACCUACAGAAGGGCUCAACUUAGCUCUGAUGACUCACCCCACUGGAGGUUUAGAAGCUUCAGAGCGAAUGCCAGCAAAGCCAGAAACAGGCAAAGGAAGACAAAGUGUUACAGAGAAAAGUAAAGUGUCACAAAAAGAGAGCUCCUCAGCACAUGGAGAAGUGGGUGGGUUGUCAGAUCAAGAAUCUGAGAGACAAACACAGCCGUCAGAAAUAUCAGACAAACAAAAGGAGACAUUAGACAGUCCUCUGGAGCAUGCAGUGAAAAAACUAUCACAGGACAUUGCAGGACAGGAAUUAACAUCACUUAGGAUGGCUAUAAAAGACGCAGAGACUAGCAGUAUUCAAGAUGGUGAUGCAGCAAAAGGAGGAAAACUUGAGGACCCAGACAGUAUGCAGAAUCUGCAGGAGAAGCUAAUGACACUGGAAGCUAAACUUACUCAGGCUAAACAAGACCUGGAGAGAACGAAUGCUCUUCUGAAAGAGCAAAUAAAUGAAAACAAGGUAAAAGAAGAGAAAAUACUACAGCUGAGUGAUGGAAUAAGAGUGGAGAUAUGUUCGCCAGAAGCACACAGCAGGCCAAGAAGAGAGAGUAUUGACACAGGGACAGAGACAGAGAAAGUAGAUUUUACCAACCAGGAGACAGAGACUGAAUCACCUGGUACAGUAGAUCAGGGAACAGAUACAGAUAGAAUCUGUAUUGAGGUGUGUGUACCCAAACCAAGGGCUGGAAGUAUAGAUCAAGUCACAGAGACUAAUAAAGUUGACACACAUGAACAGGUGACAGAAGCAGCUGCUGUGAGCCCACCAAGACCCAGAGCCAACAGCAUGGAACGGGGCACAGUAACUGAGAGAAUCGCCACUCAGGAUCAGAUGACGGAGACGCCCGUAGCAGAAAGGGUAAACCAAGUCACAGAAACAGAGGGAGAGACAAUAACAGACCAUCCGCAGAGACCGCGGGCCAGCAGUGUAGAACGGGGGACAGUGACAGAGAGAGUGGACACUGUGGACAGGGUGACUGAGACAUUGGAAGCGCAGAGGACAGACCAGCAGACCGAGACAGAGGUAGAAAGACGACAUGAUAACAAUCCAGCCAGAGGUGCAGAAGCAGAGAGUCAAGUGAGAGAAAGUGCAGGCAGCGAAAGAGUAGAGGGUGUAGGUACUGUGGUCAGCGAAAGUGUGGAAGAUAAGGAAGAAAACGAAAGAAUUCAAAGAGAUAGUGAAGAAAGUGAAAGUGUGAAAGUUGUCACAGAGAGUAUGAUUACAGUACUAGAAAGCAGAGCUGAUCAAACUGUAGUUUCAGAUAUUGUAAGCCAGGAUGAAGGCCGUACCAGUCCUCUUGUUGCAGCAGGAGAAAGUACAGAACCUAAGAUUGAAAUGGUUACGGCACAAAAGGGCUCAGAAACAAAAGAAAUUGAACCUCCAAAAAGUGAAAUUGUUGAAACACAGCAGAUUGCUCUUGAGACAGUGGAGAAAAAACAAACAGCAGAGGGUGAGACUGUGUGUGCAGCAAUCAAAGAAACUGUGGUCACUGACACGGUUGUAGUAACAGCAGCAGCAGCAGCAGCAGCAGCAGAGAAUGCAGCUGUAAAGACGGUAGCUCCUGUACGACCCCAGAGAGGCCGAAAGCUCUCAGCAGACCAGGCACAGCCAUCACCUUCUCAACUUCAGACAGCACCUGUGCGUCCUCGUAGGGGAUCCAGUGAAACUCAAGCCAAGGAAUCCCAGCCCCAGACAAAAACCCAGCCCCAGGUGCAGGUACAGGGUUCACCUGUGCCUGCACCUGCACCUGUCGAGGCCCAAACCCCAACACACCUCUCUGAACCACAGAUAAAACAGCAAGCCCCAUCUCCUGCUCAGGUUGAGGACCGCACCUCAGCAAAGAGGCCUCCUGGGGAGUCAGGUGAGAAACAACCUCAGACUGCAACUCAGGGCCCGCCCCCAGGUUCCAAGGAAGUCCAAGUUCGCCCCAAAUCAAUUCAAGCACAGUCUCGGUCUCAAACUGCUGCAACUCGACGAGAUUCCAAAGAGGGUAAAGCACCACAGAGGGGAUCUAGUGUAUCACAGCCUCCUAGCCGUGGAUCAGCAGAAGCUCAGACCCGCCCAACUCGCCAGGGGGCAUGCGACACCCAACCUCAGUCUCAGGGCUCUCGUAGAAGUUCCAGUGAGACUCAACCUCCUCACAAGGAUGCAAGCGAGACACAAUCACUACGCAGAGGCUCCAGUGAAACAGCCCAGCGUCGUGGUUCAAGUGAAGCCCAGGCCUCACGUAAGGAUGCUGGCGAGGCCCAGCCUCCACGCAGAGGGUCCAGUGAGUCACCAACAUCGCCAGCGGCUUUGGGCCAAGUCGUAACCCGGUUAACGGGGCUUCUGGGGGAGCAGUGGGCGCAGCUGGGGAGCAGCUCUGGAACUCAACAGACGGUCAGCCAGCAGGAAAGCCCCAACACACAGAAACAGACGGCAGGGAAAAGAGCAGAGGCAGGGAAAGGAGCAUCAGCCAAGCCUGCAGGGAAGGCAGUCCCUGCAGCAGCGACAGGGAAACCAGCAGGGAAGCCUGGUCCUUCCAAAAUGAGCACUAUUCAAAGUCAACUGGUCAGCUCCCUCAGUGUCCUCUCUGCCUUCUACUCUCCAGGCCAGAAAGCAGCUGCUGCCAGCAAACAGCAAGAACAAGGUCUCAAAUCUAUUAUGAAGAAAAAUGGUGUUGCUGACAAGCAAGGGAACAAGGGAGCCAAGAAAAACCUGAAGUUUGUUGGGGUGAACGGAGGCUAUGAGACGACAUCCAGCGAAGAGUCCAGUGGAGAUGAGAAGUCGAAGGUGGAGGUGGAGGAAGAGGACAGCUCAGAACCAGAGGUAGAAAAGGAGAAGAAAACGGAGCCUCAGCCGGCGGAGAAGCCUGAGGAGGGAGCAGAGAGCCAGCAGAAGGAUGCAGAGGUCGCAACUGAGGGAGGAGGUGCCGUGGCUGCAGAGAAGGAGAGUGAAAGAGGCCUGCUGGAUCCGGAAGGCCCCCAGGAGCUACUGGAAGAACAGGCUGAAGGGGAGAAAGUUGACCAGGGGUUUAUAGACGCCUGCAUCUAUGUAAAAGACCGCAUGGAAGAAGUUUCAUCUCCAGAUAAAGAAAUGCGUCAGGUUUUAGUGGUGCUCUACCAGGAGUGGUUCAAGAUCUCCAGUCAGAAAAACUCGCAGGCAGAUACCGUCAGAUUAUACCUGCGACAAGUGGGCUUGACCACACCCACUCUCCUGCCAUAUGUAGUUAACUUGACAGACGGCAAUGGGAACAUGGCUCUCCACUACAGUGUGUCGCAUUCAAACUUCCCAGUGGUUAAACUGCUGCUGGAUACGGGCCUAUGUGAGACAGACAAUGUGAACAAGGCAGGCUAUACUCCGGUGAUGCUCGCUGCUCUGACGGCUGCUGAGAGCCCUGAUGACCUGGAGGUGGCACAACAACUGUUGAGACUGGGUGACGUCAAUGCAUGCUCCAGACAGGCGGGCCAGACGGCACUCAUGCUCGCAGUGAGCCACGGCCGCGUUGCCAUGGUGAAGCUGCUCCUGAGCUGUGGUGCGGAUGUAAAUGCCCAGGACCGUGAGGGCUCCACGGCUCUGAUGUGUGCCUCCGAACAUGGACACACAAACAUUGUUCGUAUGCUGCUGGAGACAGGACGCUGUGACUCCAGCCUCACAGAUAAGAAUGGACAGACAGCGCUGUUGGUGGCAGAAGCAGCCCCCCACCAAGAGAUAGUUGACCUUCUUAAGGCUCACGCUGAGUCCAAAGCCUCUGAGCCCUCGUCUACCGCAGACCUCCUCUGAACCAGACCAAGUAUGUUUACUUCUCCAGACCGCUCCAGCUCGCCGACCCCCAACCCUUCAGUUUCCAAAACACCCCGCCCACCAACAAUGAGGGAAAAUGUUGACAUAGUGACACUGUACAAGACUCCAUAUGACCAGUGGAACAAGUGGAACCAUAUAUAAACCUCUGAGAUUGGAGUGUCCAGCAAUGUACGCCCACAUGUUCUCUUCCACAUCUCUGCCAACAUGCCCAGUGGGUGUUUAUGGAUAUGCUGCAUCAACCACUCAGUGGACAGACAACAAAGGGGGCCUGGUCGGAUUAACGAUAAGACGUUUCCAUGGCGACAAGUGUGAUUGAGAAGAUAUUACAUAGUGCACAGGGUCAUGAUAUAAUAAGGGAGCAGGGGUGGACGGACAAGCAAUUGGAUGAAGAGAUACUCUGACAAACUGCUGCUUCUUAUCAUCAACUAGCUCUUCAAGCAAAAUACUAAGCACAUGAUCUACCUUUCAAAUAUACUAUAUUAAAUAUGACAUUAUUUCUAUUUUUUCCGUCAUGACGUUGACAUCAUUCUUUUCAUAUUUGGACAUAAGCCAUUAUUGAAAUCAUAGUAUUAUGUAGAAUGUUAUUCUAACAGAUUAUAAUCAUAAACAAACACAGAAACUGUAUUUUCUACUGCACUUUUUUAUUGUGUUUGUGUACAGUAAAUAGUCUGCUCAAAUAUCGGUGUCCACAAGAAACUAUAUAUCUCCAAUAGUGUGAAUUAUUAGAAAAUGGAAUAAUAGAGUAGAACUUCUGGUCAAAUAUCUCAUCAUUCAGUGAAUAUUUGACAAUAUUUAAUGUAUUGUUUUUACCACCGUCAUAAUGUUUUUCACAUAUGGGGCAUAGGUGAAUAUCAUCUAUGAAUUAUUGAAAAACAGAUGGUUUAGUUGGAGAUAAAAUGUUUCUGUUGGACACAAAGGAAAUGAUUUUUAUAACCACAGUAUAACCAGAAUAAAGAAAGACAAGAGUCUUCUAAAGAGAAGAUUGUACUGUUUGGAAGGUGCUGCAUGCCAAUACACAGUUACUCCCCCUACUGGCUGUCUUAUAGUCCUAAAUAACAGUAUGUUGUAAUACUGUCUGUUCUCAUGAUUAACAUCUCUCUCCCUCUCUUUCUCCGUCCCUCAGUUCAGAUAUAAUGUACGUCUUGUUCGCCUGCUCGUCUCAAAGCAAAUCCUGUAUGCAACUGCUACGAAAUGCACAAUGAAUGUCAGGCUGGCUGUGAUACAUUCCAAGAAAACUAUGUAGCAAGUCUAACUAUACUGGCAUGGAUCAUGGGACUAACAGAGACAUAGGCUGCCUGUGGAUCUGGCAGACAUAAGAAUGAGUCUGGAUAUUUUUAUUAUGUGCGAUGAAAGACACUAAGAACAUCUUGAUUUCAAGGUUCCGAUCUGCCUUUCUUCGAGUUACUAAUACUUUAUUACUGCCUCAAGGCACUCAUAUUUCAAAAAUGCUAAAGAUGUUAAUGCAGAAAGGAAUGGGUUGUUUAUGACUUGCAGUCCUAAAAGAAGCAAUAUCAAUGAAAUACUACCUUUUCGAUCAGGAAUAAGGUAGGGGGAGUGGCUUUGGUCUAGCCUUAAUCAGAUGACCAUCCUACAUUUUAGAGGUGAGAUGUGUUCCAGAGAGUGUGGUCUUUUUCCUCUGUUUCCCACACCCAUAUUCCUAAAGUAUCUUUAAACAGGAGUACUGGUUUAAUAAAAUGUUUACAACUUAACAGCUCCCCUUCAGUGACCCCUGAAGAACUCCCCAUAAAUUUCCAGCAGGUCAGGAAGUUUACAGGACACAAAGGAAUCAAUAAUUUUACCUGUGAACAUGCAUCAAGAGGAGUGUUUUCGCCCUUCUGGAGAAAGAUGUAGUCGUACUUCAUAAUGUUUUGAAAGGCAACACUUGAAGAAAGCUUUAAAGCGGUACUCCAGCUAUUUAGUAUUGCACUUAUAUGAAGUUGGGGAACCCUCAGAGGUCGAAAAGGAAGCAGCAGAGGCCGAGAUAUGCUGACUUCUAGUCAAGCUCCAUAAACACUGGAUGUUCCAAUUCCCAUAAUGCACACUGGUGGAGUUAUGUUUGACCCUCCCUGCCUGGCAAAUACCCAUGUCAUACAAAAGCCAUACCCCCAGCCUGUAACACAGACUUCAUGUUAUAAACUUAUGUCUCCAACACAAAAUAACCACAAUGCCGUUAUAUUGACUUUAGACAGCUUCUCCAGAGAAGACAUGAAACACCUUUUUUCUGUCUGAUUGGGGUUUGCUGGGGGGUUACUGAAGGUGGAAUUUAAAGGGAAAUACCACUCAUUUUAACAACUGCCAUAUUUGUGGUCUAUGACGGUCGCAGUCUGUAUUUACAGUCAGAAAAUAAAUCUCUUUCUACAGAGACAACAUCCGAGACUUGGAUCAAAAUGAACUCUGGAGAGUCUUCAGUAUCUUUUUCUUACUGAAAUCAAACAUCUCAGCUCUUAUUACUUUUAGAAAGAUGGAUUCCAAAUUUAUUGGUUAGCUUCAGUUAAAAUAAAUCUACAUUUAUGCCUAUAUGUAGUAACUUCUAAGCUGAAUCUAACUUUUUUUCUGAGCUGCAGUGUGAUCUGACCACUGAUGCUGCACCAGUGCUCUCUCAUUCCUGGACACUUUAUUAAUAUGGGUGCUAAUAUGGGACUUUAUAGAUUGAAAUGAAGAUAGACCUUAUAUAAAGUAUCCUGAUUAUAUAGUAGUAUAUAUACGGUGGCUGCAUCCACUCAGCAACGAUGGGAAUUUUUCAACAAUGGCUUAGUAAUCAGAUUGUCAUUUGUUGAGUCACAAAGUAGCACAGAUUUUCUUUACAAUGAGGCUGCAUUUACACAGGAUCAGCAAGAAUUUAUUUUAACUCAGUGCAACACAUCUGAUCAUUAUUGGUGGUCUGUAUAUCAAGGAACGGUAAUAAGUGUAGCUUCCCACGUGUCAGACAGCUAAAGGAUGAUCCGAUGUGUGCUGUGCGAAAUAUCUGGUAUAUCUGGUCUUCCGUGCCUGUGUAUUAAGUCUUAAAGUAAAUCGCAUCCAUAUGUUUAAUCCAGUGUGACCCAGAUGUAAUAUGGUUUCAUAACUGGCUCAACACCAAAGACGUGAAAUCAGAUCUGUUCCACAUGGGGUUAAAUAUAUAGUUUUAUCUGUUCCUGUAAAUUUACCCAAAUACGUGUACAUACAGUAUUGUGAAAAAUAUAUAACAAGUAUUGUCUGACAGUUGGCUCUAAAAAUUAUAUAAGUAUUUAUUCCAAAUGCUAUAUUUUUUACCAUAUAUAGUAUACUUAUGUAUGCAUGGACAAAUAUUCCAGUGAUUCUGUUGGAGGGGAAUUUGGAUGAUUGGAAAUUAUGCUGAGUGUUUCCCUGAUGAUAUGAUUGUUCAGCUUAUCUUUGACUGGUUGGGUGGUAUAGUACAUGUGUGAUAAAAGGUUGUGGACUGUGUCAUGUGCCCUUUAAUGCUACCUUUGACUUUUGUGGGGGAAAUGUGAAGUAAAUUCGACACUGGCUAAAGCUAUACAGGCACUCCCUUGUGUGGAUACCUAUCUGCAAAUUAAAGUCUAUGUACAUGACGGAGUCAAAUUUGAAAACCUGUACCUCUCUGUAAUAUUCCUUGUACAACAGGCUUAUAUGUUGCAAUCCAGAGAACUACUUCUAA